GCCCGUGCAGGGCAGCAAGCCCUGAAAGUCUAGGGGUGCCUCCCAGUCCCACAGCCUGCCUGUCCCUCAGCCGAGAUGGGCUCAGCUCCUGGACUGGCCACAGACAGAAAGCAUAGCACACUCUUACCGGGGAGAGUCUCUGCCUGAUCCGGGUUGCGCAGAGAGCAGGGGCGGAAGGCGGUCGGCCGGCCGGGAGCGGGAUAUGCAGAGCACCGUCAACUACCUGUGGCACACGGACGACCUGCUGGGGCAGGGCGCCACGGCCAGCGUGUACAAGGCCCGCAACAAGAAAUCCGGGGAGCUGGUUGCUGUGAAGGUCUUCAACACGGCCAGCUACCUGCGGCCCCGCGAGGUGCAGGUGAGGGAGUUUGAGGUCCUGCGGAAGCUGAACCAUCAGAACAUUAUCAAGCUCUUCGCGGUGGAGGAGACGGGGGCCGGCCGGCAGAAGGUGCUGGUCAUGGAGUACUGCUCGAGCGGGAGCCUGCUGAGCGUGCUGGAGAGCCCCGAGAACGCCUUUGGGCUGCCCGAGGACGAGUUCCUGGUGGUGCUGCGCUGCGUGGCGGCCGGCAUGAACCACCUGCGGGAGAACGGCAUCGUGCACCGCGACAUCAAGCCUGGGAACAUCAUGCGCCUGCUGGGCGAGGAGGGCCAGAGCAUCUACAAGCUGACCGACUUCGGGGCCGCCCGCGAGCUGGAUGACGACGAGAAGUUCGUCUCAGUCUACGGCACCGAGGAGUAUCUGCACCCUGACAUGUACGAGCGGGCGGUGCUUCGCAAGCCCCAGCAGAAAGCUUUUGGGGUGACCGUGGAUCUUUGGAGCAUCGGGGUGACCCUGUACCACGCAGCCACCGGCAGCUUGCCCUUCGUCCCAUUUGGCGGGCCCCGGCGCAACAAGGAGAUCAUGUAUCGCAUCACCACGGAGAAGCCAGCCGGGGCCAUUGCGGGCACCCAGAGGCGGGAGAAUGGGCCCCUGGAGUGGAGCUACACCCUGCCCAUCACCUGCCAGCUGUCCAUGGGUCUGCAGAGCCAGCUGGUGCCCAUCCUGGCCAACAUCCUGGAGGUAGAGCAGGCCAAGUGCUGGGGCUUCGACCAGUUCUUCGCGGAGACCAGCGACAUCCUGCAGCGAGGCGUGAUCCACGUGUUCUCCUUGCCCCAGGCAGUCCUGCACCGCGUCUAUGUCCACGCGCACAACACGAUAGCCAUCUUCCUGGAGGCCGUGUAUGAGCAGACAGGCGUGGCCCCCCAGCACCAGGAGUACCUCUUUGAGGGUCACCUGUGUGUCCUUGAGCCCGGCUUCUCUGCUCAGCACAUCGCCCACACCACAGCGAGCAGCCCCCUGACCCUGUUCAGCACAGCCAGCGAGCCCCCCAAGGGGCUGGCCUUCAGGGACCCCGCUCUGGACGUUCCCAAGUUUGUCCCCAAAGUGGAUCUGCAGGCAGAUUACAGCACAGCUAAGGGCAUCUUGGGUGCCGGCUACCAGGCCCUGCGGCUGGCACAGACUCUGCUGGGAGGGCAGGAGCUGAUGGUUCGGGGGCUGCACUGGUUCGUGGAGAUGCUCCAGGCCACAUGCAGGCGGAUGCUGGAGCUCUCGAGCAUGGCUCUCCUCUUCCUCAGCAGCAGCCUCGGCCCUGAGAGGUUUAGCGGCAUGGCUGGGGUGCCUGAGCUCCAGGACCUGAAGAGGACCGCAGAGCUGAGGUCCAGGCUGCGUAAUUUGGCUGAGGUCCUCUCCAGAUGCUCCCACAAUAUCACGGAAACUCAGAAGACCCUGAGCGACCUGCGCUCUGAGCUGGUGAAGAACCGGGAUCAGGUACAUGAGGACAGAAGCAUCCAGCAGAUUCAGUGCUGUUUGGACAAGAUGUACCUCACCUACAAACAGUUCAAGAAAUCCAGAAUGAGGCCAGGGCUGGGCUACAACGAGGAGCAGAUUCACAAGCUGGAUAAGGUGAAUUUUAGUCAUUUAGCCAAAAGGCUCCUGCAGGUGUUCCAGGAGGAGUGUGUGCAGAAGUACCAGGCCUCCCUGGUCACACACGGCAAGCAAAUGAGGCUGCUGCACGAGACCAGGAGCCACCUGCGCCUGGUGGGCUGCUCUGUGGCUGCCUGCAACACGGAAGCCCAGGGAGCCCAGGAGAGCCUCAGCAAGAUCCUUGACCGACUAUCUCACCAGCUCCUGCAGGAGAGAACACAGGGGGCUCAGGCCUCCCCACCCCCGACAGCUCCUUAUCCCAGCUCUGCGCUGAAGGACCUAGUUCUCCACAUGCAAGAGCUCUGUGGGGAGAUGAAGGUGCUGGCGUCUGACCUCCAGGACAACAACCGCAUCAUCGAAGGGCUAAGCAGGGUCCCACUGGCUCCUGACCUCUGA